CUUUACUUUUUUUAUUUCUACACUUUUUUUUUUCUCGGUCAGUUUUUUUGAAAAAAAAAGAAAGACCCAAGUUACAGUCGUAUUUGAAUAAAAAGCUUUAAAAAAAAAGCAUAGACAGUGUAGUUUUUUUUUUGUUGUUGUUGAAACCACCAUGGGACGUAAAAAGAUCAAGAUUCAAGGCAUUAAAGAUGAUCGCAACCGACAGGUUACGUUUUUAAAGAGAAAACAUGGAUUAAUGAAGAAGGCGUACGAAUUAUCCGUGUUAUGUGAUUGUGAAAUCGCCUUGAUUAUCUUUAAUAAUAACGGGAAACUCGUUCAAUACGCAAGUACAGAUAUUGAUAAGAUUUUGAUGAAAUACACCGAAUACAACGAACCUCACGAGAGCAAGUCCAACGGGGACUUCAUCAGUCAUAGUAACGCCGCCGCUGAUGGUGAUGAAUCAGUCAAGGAAGAAGAGGAGGAGGAAGAAGAAGAGAUAGAACAACACAUGCUCAUGAUGAAGAAAAAUAUGCCUACAGUCACUGUACCUACUCAAGUCAAUCAUAAAGCACCCGUCAUGUCUUACAUACCUCCCCCUCCUCCGCCUUCUUCACAACAACAACAGCAACAACAUCAUCAGCAACAACAACAAGGCGUCAUGUAUUAUCCACAACAACAACAACAAAUGAGGUACGGACAACAGAUGAACGGAGGUGCUUAUGAAAUGUAUGGCAUGCCACCACAACAACAACAACAACAACAACAACAAACGCCACAGCCCAUGUACAUGAUGGGACAACCACCACCGUCGUCUCAACACCACCCGCACCACCCGCAACAACAACAACCACAUCCAUCACCCCAAUAUAAUAUACAGCAACAUCAAUAUCAUCAUCAUCCACAAUAUCAACCCAUACAGCUGCCGCCACAACAACCACAACAGCAACAGCAGCCUAGUUAUCCUGUACCCUCGGUGUCUCCUCAACCAUCUGCUCACAGUCGACAAACCUCACUACAAUAUACGAGCCAGGUGUCAUCGCCCAAUAUGGCAACGAGUCCUGCCAUGUCAACGCAUAGUAAUAUAAGCAACGGUAAGAAACCUAAAUUACGUGUUCAAAUUCCCGAUACACCUGAACAACCUAUACGUCAACAUCGACAUCAAUCGUCUGUUUCGUCUACCACGAGUAGUAUAAAGGAAGAGUCAUUACCACCUCCACCUUUACCACCUCCACCACCUCUACAACAACAACAACAACAGCCGCAGCAACAGCAACAGCCAUUUUAUCGACCGACAUCGACAGCGGCGGUGGUGGAGGCAGGUCCACCUUCUGCUUUACCUUCCCAAUUUGCACAAAGUUUACCUUCACCGUCUAGUUUUUAUCCCGAAUUUUAUCAACAGAAUGAAAUCCCUAGUCCUUUAAAUUUUUCAAAUACACCCGUCACUCAUCAUCCUAAUGGACCGACCCAUGCAUUUCAUUGGCCUCUUCCUUCCAAUACCACCACCACGAACACUACCAAUACACAGUCAGGUCCACGCGACUACAGGCCAUCCCCUCUCAAACCUGAAUUGGACAAGAAACGCAAUUAUGAAGAGCCAGAAAGAUUGGCCAAUAAAAAACCUAAACCAUAACUCCCUCCCUUUAUAAGAUAUAAAAAAAGAACGAAAAAAAAAAAUUGAAAUAAACCCCCCCCUCCCCUUUUUAUAUAUAUAUAUAUAUAUA